CAGAGGGGAGGGGAGAAUAGAGAAAGUGUGAACUGUGAGAGCUUUUUUUUUUCAUAUCUGCUUUUGCUUUUUGCUUGCAUCAAUCACAACCACGUUACCAUUUUCAGACCACGCGAGAGGGAAAGCGAGAGAGCUCCAAUUGCCUGCGCUACGCCUCAUUGUAACAAAUGUGCGCCUGAGAGCUUGAGAUUUGUACUGACCGUCCGAUCUUGGGAAUCAGAAUGGGCAGCGUGUCGGAGGAGGAGGGGUCCGGCUCCGAGCAGAGUGAGCGCUGUGGGAGCUACAGUCCCAGCGCUGACAUCAGCGAGUCUGAGAGCUGCAGUAGCUUCUCGUGCCGGCGGUUCGACGCCGAGGGCGGCGGUUCGAGUUCGAUGACGUCGUCUCCCCAUCAAGUCGCCGGGAAUUUCGGUUUUCCUGCGACGGUGAUGCUGCCGGUGAUUGCAGGCAAGGAUGUGGUUUGGGAUGAGAAGCCUGAGAAACGGGAAACCGAUUUGUCCGAGGUUGAGAUGAUGAAGGAGAGGUUCGCAAAGCUUCUUCUUGGAGAAGACAUGUCUGGAGGAGGGAAAGGAGUGUGCACUGCCCUCGCCAUCUCAAACGCCAUUACCAAUCUCUCUGCGACUGUGUUUGGUGAGCUGUGGAGGUUAGAGCCACUGGCGCCGCAGAAGAAGGCAAUGUGGCACCGAGAAAUGGAGUGGCUCUUAUGCGUAAGCGAUUCCAUAGUUGAGCUCGUUCCUUCGAUACAACAGUUUCCUGGUGGGGGCACAUAUGAAGUAAUGGCGACACGACCACGCUCAGAUUUGUACGUGAAUCUACCCGCGCUGAAGAAGCUCGAUGCAAUGCUGAUUAGUAUGCUUGAUGGGUUUUGCGAUACAGAGUUUUGGUAUGUUGAUAGGGGGAUAGUUGUGGGUGAAUCAAAUGAUUGUGACGCCUAUGGAUCGUGUGGUGGGAGGCCUUCGAUUAGGCAGGAAGAGAAGUGGUGGCUGCCCUGUCCGAAAGUGCAGUCGUGUGGGUUGUCGGAGGAUGCCAGGAAGAGGUUGCAGCAGUGCAGGGACUGCACGAACCAGAUAUUGAAGGCAGCCUUGGCAAUUAAUAGUGGUGUGCUAGCUGAGAUGGAGAUCCCCAGUGCUUUCUUGGAGACCUUGCCCAAGAGUGGAAAAGCUUGUCUUGGUGAUAUCAUUUAUCGUUACAUAACUGCUGACCUGUUCUCACCAGAAUGUCUACUUGAUUGCCUGGACCUUUCAUCUGAGCAUCACACUCUGGAGAUAGCUAACAGGAUAGAAGCAGCAGUCCAUGUCUGGAAGCGAAAAAACCAGAGGAAACAUGCAAAUCACAAGAAAUCUAGGCGCUCGUCUUGGGGUGGCAAGGUCAAGGGCCUUGUAGCUGAUGCUGCGAAGAAUCAUUUUUUAGCCCAAAGAGCAGAGACCCUCUUACAGAGCUUGAGGCUUCGUUUCCCUGGCCUCCCACAAACUGCAUUGGAUAUGAAUAAGAUCCAGUACAAUAAGGAUGUAGGGCAGUCAAUUCUUGAAAGCUACUCAAGGGUGAUGGAAAGCUUGGCCUUUAACAUAACGGCCAGAAUAGAUGAUGUUCUUUACGUCGAUGAUGCGACGAAGCGUUGUGCUGCAGCCGAAACAAUGUCCAUUUUCAGCAGGGGUGGUCUUGGUGGUAUUCCUAUUCAGAAACGGAUGUCUCCGAGCCCCUUCUCGAUCCACCACACCCCAUAUGCCUCUCCGUUUGCAACUCCGACCUUCUGUUCUUCCACUCCGGUAAUGGGAAGCCCAGGGAGGGCACCUUCCUCUCUUAAAAGGACUGGUCUUAAGGAAGCAACUGACAUGAAGUCAGAAAAACUAGUCCCGGCAGAAUAUGACAAAGUGUGGUCAUAUGCUGGGAACGUCAGUGCAAGAAGAGAUCCCGGAAAUGCUCCAGAGCGAGAUUGACUUCUUCUAUAGGUGCUGGUAAGUUGAAACACCUAAUCAAAAACUAACAACGAAGCUGUAGAGCUGGUCUGGAAGGCGGAUAGCCUUGAGGCUGUGACUGAGAAUGAGAAAUAUCGGAGAGAGGGGGGGAUAAUAUUGUAUAUGCAUUAGCAAUAGAAUUAGGUGGUUUAUUAAAGUUUUGAGAUUAGAUCA